CAUUAUCAGGGCGAAUUGGAUUCGAUUUAUCAGCCAAGGGAGGCCGAGUAGAAGCGAGGGAGAACUGGUGCUGGCGCGUCCGUAGCUGCGUCUCGUCUCGUAACUCGCAUCAAAUCACGCACUAUCCUGGCGAUGUUUUCUAAGCUGGUGGAUGAGUUUGGUGGGCUGCCUGCCGGCCGUCAGGCGGUUCUGGUGGCGGCUGGAGUCGGCGGGGUGGUGCUGCUGUCGGUCGGAGGCUAUCUGCUGAAGCGGCGCAUCGACAACACUCCCCCCAAGCAGUGGCGCAAGGCGGGCGAGCUGGCCGAAAUCUACGUCUACCCGAUCAAAUCGUGCGGUCCGCUGGUGAUGCAACAGAUCGGCUGCUCGUCGCUCGGCCCGCGGCAGCAUCUGCUGCGCGACCGCAUCUUCAUGGUGACGAACGAGGACGGCAAGUUCGUGACGGCGCGCAUGAAGCCGAAGAUGGUGCUGGUGGAGCCCCGCUUCGACGAGCGCUUCGAGACGAUGAUCCUGAACGCGCCGGGCAUGCCGGAGCUGCGGAUCGAUGUGGCCCGGCUGGCCGACGGUGCGAUCACGGACAGCACGGUGUGGGGCGAGCAGGUGCCGACGGUGGACUGUGGCGAUGAGGCGGCCCGCUGGUUCUCGUCCUACCUGCUAGACAAGCCGGUCGGCUACCGGCUGCGGUACAACCCGCGUGACCAAACGACCCGCCGGAAGAACGGCGACGACACCGGGUCGUUCCACGACGAGACGAGCUACAUGCUGUUCAACGAGGCGAGCGUGGCCGACCUCAACAAGCGGAUCGAGAACAAGGUGACGGCCUUGCAGUUCCGCCCGAACUUUGUCGUGCGCGGCCCGGAGGCGUACGCCGAGGACCGGUGGCGCUGGGUGCGCAUCGGCGAGACCGUGUUCCGCUACGAGAUGCCCUGUUUGCGCUGCAUCUUCACCACGAUUGAUCCCGCUUCCGGCGUGGCCCACCCGGACAAGGAGCCCUUACGCACGCUCAAGCAAUACCGUCAAAUUCCGUCGCUGGGAGAAUCGCCGGCCCUCGGCAUUCACCUGGGGCUGCGUCGGGGUGCCUCAGUCAAGGUCGGCGAUCCCGUAUACUACGCCUAGAGCAGCCGCAGCAGUCCCACGCAUUUUCUUUCCACGUUCGCAAUGAAUUUUUUGACCGGCUUGUUGAUAGUUGUUUGCAAAAGUGUAUUGAACAAAAAUAAAGCAAAACGCUCUCAUGGCAAAUGCGGUUUGGG